AUGCAGACCAAGUUCGCCGCCCUCAUGGCCUUCGCGGCCGCCGCCCGCGCCCAGCAGGCUUGCUCCUCCCAGGCCGAAAACCACCCGGCGCUCCAGUGGCAGAAGUGCGCCGCCGGCGGCUCCUGCACCAACGUCGCCGGCUCCGUCGUCCUUGACUCCAACUGGCGAUGGGCUCACACCGUCCAGGGCUCGACCAACUGCUACACCGGCAACACCUGGAACAACGACUACUGCGCUACCGGAAAGGGUGCUGACUGCGCCGCCGCGUGCUGCAUUGACGGCGCCGACUACCCAGGCACCUACGGCAUCACCACCAGCGGCAACGAGCUCAACCUCAAGUUCGUCACCACCCACGCCUACGGAAAGAACAUUGGCAGCCGUGUCUACCUCAUGAAGGACGCGUCGACCUACGAGAUGUUCACCCUGCUCGGCAACGAGUUCACCUUUGACGUCGAUGUCUCCAACAUUGACUGCGGUCUGAACGGUGCCCUGUACUUCGUCUCCAUGGAUGCCGACGGUGGUCUUUCCAAGUUCUCCACCAACAAGGCGGGUGCCAAGUACGGUACCGGCUACUGCGACUCGCAGUGCCCUCGCGACGUCAAGUUCAUCAACGGUGUUGCCAACGUCGACGGCUGGAACCCCAGCAGCAGCGACUCCAACGGUGGUGUCGGUACCCUCGGCGCCUGCUGCGCUGAGAUGGACAUCUGGGAGGCCAACAAGAUCUCCACGGCGUACACUCCCCACCCGUGCGUCAACAACGCCUACCACUCCUGCAAGGGCGACGCCUGCGGAGGCACCUACUCCAGCGACCGCUACGCCGGCGACUGCGACCCCGACGGCUGCGACUUCAACUCGUACCGCCAGGGCAACAAGACCUUCUACGGCCCCGGCUCGGGCUUCACCCUCGACACGACCCAGAAGCUCUCGGUCGUCACGCAGUUCAUCAAGGGCUCCGACGGCAUCCUCUCCGAGAUCAAGCGCUUCUACGUCCAGAACGGCAAGGUCGUGCCCAACUCGCAGUCCGUCAUCGCCAGCAACCCGGGCAACUCGCUCACGCCGUCCUUCUGCACGGCGCAGAAGAAGGCCUUUGGCGACGACGACAUCUUUGGCGUCCGCGGCGGCUUCGCGCGCAUGAGCGACGCCGUCUCCAAGCCCAUGGUCCUCGUCCUCUCCCUCUGGGACGACCACUACGCCAACAUGCUCUGGCUCGACUCCACCUACCCCGUCGACGGCGCCGGCAAGCCCGGUGCCGAGCGCGGCACCUGCCCCACCACCUCCGGCGUCCCCUCCGACAUCGAGGCCAACGCCCCCAACUCCAACGUCAAGUUCUCCAACAUCAAGUUCGGCCCCGUCAACUCCACCUUCAACGCCGGCGGCGUCGUCAACCCUCCCGCCCCUGGCACCACCGUCACCAGCCGCCCUGCCACCACCAUCAGCACCUCCACCCGCGCCUCCACUACCUCCGCCCCCACCACCUCCGCUCCCGCCGGCGGCGCCGCUGCUCCCAAGUACGGCCAGUGCGGCGGCCAGGACUGGCGCGGCGCCACCACCUGCGUCGCCGGCAGCACCUGCACCUUUGUCAACCAGUGGUACAGCCAAUGCCUCUAG